GACGAGAAGUUGCAGUGAAGCGACUAUAUGAUCAUAAUUACAAACGAAUAGAACAGUUUAUGAAUGAAGUAACUAUCCUAACUCGCUUGCGCCAUCGCAAUCUCGUGUCUCUUUAUGGCUGCACUUCCCGCCGUUGCCGAGAACUUUUGCUUGUGUAUGAAUACAUUCCAAAUGGAACUCUUUCGUGUCAUCUUCAUGGUGAGAUAGGCAUUGUAGUUUACUCUUCCAUGGCCGAUAAGAAUCAAGAUAGCCAUAGAACUGCAUCUGCAUUAGCAUAUCUUCAUGCUUGUGACACCAUUCAUCGAGACGUCAAAACCAACAACAUCCUCCUAGAAAAUGAUUGCUGUGUUAAGGUUGCUGAUUUUGGGCUUUCAAGGUUGUUUCCCAAUGAUGUCACCCAUGUUUCUACUGCCCCACAAGGGACACCUGGCUAUGUUGACCCGGAAUAUUACCAUUGUUAUCAACUUACCAACAAAAGUGAUGUGUACAGCUUUGGGGUUGUGCUUAUUGAACUGAUAUCAUCUCUGCCUGCAGUGGAUAUCACAAGGGGUAAAGAUGAGAUAAACUUGGCAGAUCUAGCUAUGAAUAAGAUACAGAACAGUGCAUUUAAAGAGCUAGUUGAUCCUUGUCUUGGUUUUGAGUCAGAUAGUGAGGUUAGGAGGAUGAUAGUUUCAGUUGCAGAGUUGGCUUUUCAGUGUUUACAAAGGGACAAGGAAUUGAGACCUUCCAUGGAUGAGGUUUUGCAGAUACUAAGGAGAAUAGAGAGUGGAGAGGAGGAAGACAAUCAUGUAGAAGAAGUGGAAAUCCAUGGCGGCGUCAAUGGCAUUUCAUGCAGUGGCCCAAUAUUUCCAUCAUCACCACCUUCGCCAGAUUCCGAUGAAUCUAUAUUGUUAAAAACUACAAAGUCACUGCCUCCGGCAACCAAAGCUCGCCACUCAUAAAUGUUAUCAGUACUUAGUUAAUGGCUUGUAUUUAUUUCUUAAUAUAUGAUCAUAUACACCAAAGCAUGCUUAUGGCGAGGCCGGCAGAUGUAAACAUUUUAAACUUUAGAGUACGUUUUGUUUGUAAAAAUAGUUUCAGUCUUUUGUAUUACUAUAAGAUUAGGAGCUGUACUGUGAUAAAUACUGCAAUUUGUUGAAGUUUUAUAUUUUAUAUUUAGAUAAUAGUGUAACUAAUUCGAAUUGAGUGGAAGGAAUACGUACAUGAAUUUAA